UGGGCGUGGGGAAGGCUGCGGGCUGUGCCACCCGUGACUGUGCCGUGGGCGAGCGGCCGGGAGGAGCGGAGCCGGGCGGGGAAGGAGCGCUAUAAAGAGCCGGGGCAGCGCCGGGGCGCUCCGGCCAUGGCCAACGCGUCGCAGUGUCUGGAGGAGGGCUCGGGGCGCUGGCCGCCGCCGGCCGGGCCGUACAGCGAGGCGCAGCGGCUGGCGCUGGAGGAGCUGGUGGCGGGCGGCCCCGAGGCGCUGCGCGCUUUCCUGCGGCGGGAGCAGCUGCCGCCCUUCCUGUCGGAGCCCGAGGUGCAGGACAUCGCUCGGGCCGCGCUGCCGCCCGCCGCGGGCCCGGAGCCGGCGGCCGAGCCCUCGGCCGGAGCCUCGCUGGACGCCUCGUCGCUCACCUACUUCCCCGAGCGCUCGGACCUGGAGCCGCCCGCGCUGGAACUGGGCUGGCCGGGCUUCGCCAGCGGCGCCUUCCGCGGGCUGACGCGGGUGGAGGCGCAUUUCCAGCCCGGCUGCGGGGACAGCAUCUACGGCUGCAAGGAGGCGGUGCGGCGCCAGAUCCGCUCCGCCCGGCAGAUGAUUGCCUUGGUUAUGGAUUCCUUCACAGACACUGAUAUCUUCACAGACCUCUUGGAAGCCUGUAGCCAACGGCAAGUUAAAGUGUAUAUCCUUCUAGACCAGUCUUCAUUUUCCCACUUUCUAAAAAUGUGCAAGGAUCUGGGAGUUGACCUUGAGCAGGAAAAGCUGAUGAGGGUUCGGAUUAUCACGGGGAGCACGUACUGCACCAGGUCGGGCACCAAAAUCAUUGGAAAAGUCCGUGAAAAGUUCAUGUUGAUUGAUGGCAUUAGAGUGACCACAGGCUCCUACAGUUUUACGUGGACAGAUGGGAAGCUGAACAGCAGUAACAUUUUGAUCCUGUCAGGCCCAGCAGUUACACACUUUGACCUGGAAUUUCGGAUUCUUCAUUCACGGUCAAAGCCUAUCAACCUCAAAGAGUUUUCUAGCUGCAAGAAGAACAGGGUGUGGGACCAGCUGUUCAGGAUAACAGUGGCUUCCAGAGACAUGACCAGGGAACACUUCCUGAGAAUGGAAUUUUUGUAUCUGAGAGCAUUUGUAGGAGAGCUGAAGAGGAAGAGGAGCUGGCUGCACGCCUCCAGGGAGGCUGUGUACACCCCAAAUAACAUGCUGCACACCUCUCCCCCGCUGACUAAGAGGAAUGGCUCCCUGGUUAUGAGGCCACACUGGAUCAUAGAGAGAUGA